GUUAGGUGGAGAUAUUUAUCUCUAAAUAUUAGCUAUUUAUACCUACAUACCAAAAGAAACACAAACUACUUUCCACAAUUGAAAAAUAUGACAAACUUAUUGGUGCCACUCUCCAACUCUCAUGGUGGAAACCAAUCAGAUCAUCAGAAAAUACCGUUUUCCAAUGUGAUGGUCACGGGAACUAGGAACUAUUUUGCAGGUCGAAAAUGGCAAACAAUAGACAUCCAAGCGGCAUCAUGGUUUACUUUUUUCCAUUUACUUGCCCUCUUUGCACCAUUUUCAUUCACUUGGGAUGCUUUUUGGGUUGCAUUUGUUGGUUACUUGCUAACAGGAAUGUUAGGCAUAACACUCUCUUACCAUCGACUUUUGUCUCACCAUAGUUUGAAACUUCCCAAAUGGCUCGAGUACACGUUUGCUUAUUUUGGGGUCCUAGCAUGUCAGGGAGAUCCAAUAUUUUGGGUGAGCAUCCACAGAUAUCAUCAUAAAUACGUGGAUUCAGAUAAUGAUACACAUUCACCAAUAAACGGGUUUUGGUUUAGUUAUGCUGGUUGGUUUUUCGACAAUGGUUACCUAGUUGAAAAGUAUCCAGAACGUAAAAAUGUGGAAGAUUUAAAAAAACAGACGUUCUACAGGUUUUUACAAAAAACAUACAUGUGUCAUUCACUUGGAUGUGGUGUUCUCUUGUAUGCUUGGGGUGGAUUUGCAUACCUCGUUUGGGGCAUGGGUGUUAGGAUCAUAUGGGUUUACCACAUCACGUCCCUCGUGAACUCCGUUGGCCAUAUUUGGGGAAACCAAGCAUGGAAUACUGGUGAUCUCUCAAAAAACAAUUGGUGGUUAGGAGUGUUGUUGUUCGGAGAAGGAUGGCAUAACAAUCAUCAUGCAUUUGAGUAUUCGGCUCGAUAUGGAUUAGAGUGGUGGCAAAUCGAUGUUACUUGGUACGUGAUACGAUGUCUUGAAGCCUUCGGAUUAGCAACCAACGUCAAAGUGCCAACUGACGCUGAAAAGGUUAAAAAAUCAUUUGUCAUCUCUAAUAAUACACUUUAAAUGAUAGAUCGGUUUGUGUACAACAUAUACCUUCAAAUAAAUAAACCGAGGAAUAUGAUUACUUUUCUACGCCGAUGAAUGUAAAAUAUGUUAGGGGUGUGUUUAUUAACAAAAGUCUUUCGUCAGUGAAGAAUCCUUAAUUUAUGUUUUUUUUGUUGAAAACUAAUAUAUAAGUUGAAUGUAGAUAUGUUCUUUAA